AUGGCGGACGCCAGGGACACAGCCGCCACCAGCACCGACGACCACCACAACGGCGGCCGCGCUGCAGCCGCGCUGCCUGUGGAGAAAGGCGGCACGACCAUAUCCAUCACCAUCGUCCUCCUCGCGCUGCUCGUGGCCUCCGUCGCGGCGUUCCUGAUGUCGUCACCAUCGUCCCGGAUGGAGGCACCGGGCGUGAGGGCUGGCAGCCGCUCGGGCGCCGAGCCGGUGGAGCAGGCCGUCGGCCAUGGCGGCACUCCUGGGUUCAACAGCCGGCUGGACGCGUUCCGCACGUGGGCGAAGCUGACGUGGAUGAAGCUUCAACGGCCGCGCUCCGACGAUCCUCGGUAUGAUGCUGGUGGAAAUGGGAUCGCCGGCUCGGCAGCGGAGGCGACGAAGAAGAGCCUGGAGAUGGGCAAAGAGACGGCGGAGCAGGCGGCGGCAACCGCCGCAGGGGUAGCCAAGGACACGGUGAAGGGGGUGGCCGCGCCCAACUCCGAUGCAGAGCUUUGA